UAGGUACCCUAGGUAAUUAGGUACUCUGUGAAAAAACCUGCGAAAAUAGUAAGUGCCUUCUACAUAACCCAAAGAAAGCAUAUUUCGCAUUUUCUUUGUUUUAAUCCCUGGCGCUAUGGUCAAAGUUCUUUGUCUCCAUGGUGGCGAUCUCAAUAGCAAUAAAUUCUACGAUGCUUUAGUCCCAUUAUUUUCCAGACUACGAGAAACCGGCAUAGAUCUAUCGCUGGACUUUGUCCAGGGGCACUCGCAGGAACGCCCGCAUCGCGAGACACCUCGGCACAGUCUUGAUGAGGUCGAUGGCAUUCGCAAAGCACACAAAUGGCUAGCGAAAAAACUGGCCCACGACGGUCCCUACGAUGGCGUUUUAGCGUGCUCUGGGGGCGUUGCGCUCGCGUCCAGCUUCCUACUCUACCGGCAAUGGUACGACCCUGAGCUGGCGCCCGCAUUCCAAUUCGCAGUGUUUAUCAGUGGAAGCAUUCCGCUGAAAGCUCUGAGAGAUCUCGGGGUGCCAGUCUCGAACGCAGCGGAGAGCGUGGUGGCGGAAGCUGAGCUGCAGCGUGAUCGGGGACUCGGCCCGUCCGCGAGCCACACGGCUGACGCGCGACGAGCCGUGUUCAACUCGGACGAUUGCUUUGGCCUGAACCUGAACUCGAUCCCGCUCGAGCUGAAGAUAAGGAUGCCGACGGUCCAUGUCUGGGGAGAGCAGGAUCCCAUGUUCCCGACCUCGGUUCAAUUGGCGGGACUCUGUGAUCCCUACAUUCGGAAGAUCCACGUGCAUGGCGGAAAAUGUGAAGUUCCACGCGACGGGAAGGAUGUGGUGGAAUUGGCGUCUUUGUUGGAAUGGUGUAUUCGAUGCGCCACUUGGCCGGGCCAGAAGCAAUGCUGAAAAGCCAGAUGGUGGUGGGUGGGAUCAACGAGUUUGUGGCACACCUACCUACCUACCCCGGUACAAAAUAUCUACCCCUAUCCUGUUACGAUGGGGUAAUAGUAACCAUAGAUCCAUUGCCUUGAGACAAAAACGUCCACUGACUUGGCGCUAUGAAAAGAUCUUCAAUAGUCUCACAUCCAUGACUUUCUUUGUUUUUCCCCCCCCUGUUAUCAUGGAUAGAUAGCUAGGUAUUCAUACUAGGUAGAUAUAACUAUUCAUUGGUAUUAUCA